AAAGCGUUUUAUUUUUCUACUAGGUACCUUAUGCUUUUUGUGUUUAGACUUCCGCUGUUGAUCGACCACACUAGCGGCAGAACGAAAGCCUAUUAACAUUUGUCUAUCCGCACCACGCAGCGACCACUGACUACGCUGGGGGCCUGAGUCAGCUUUUCUGCACACUGGCCUGCUGCUCCUACGGGCCCUUUUUCCCUCUCCAAGUAUUAUAUACAUAACUGACUUGGGAUCCGACGCUUGAAACUACCCCAACGUCAGAUAUCCGCUGCUGCUCGCCGUCGUCACUGUUCUUAUAACGGCCCUUCAGCAGCUGCAGUUCAGUUCAACCUGUUGUCCAGCCGUGGACUGGAGCUCAGUCAAUCGAUCAAUCAAUCAAUCAAAUCCAUCAGUUCAACGCCUGCAAUCGUCUUGCAACUUCGACACCACCAACAUCACCACCACCACCACUACUACUCUUCUACAAAUUAUGCCUCAACACAAACGCGGCCCCUGGUCGCAACAGGAAGACGAUCUGCUCUUGGCCCUCGUCGAUCAAUAUGGCGCUUCCAAUUGGGUCCGCAUCUCUAGCACCAUCCAGACGCGCUCGCCCAAGCAAUGUCGCGAGAGAUACCACCAAAACCUCAAGCCUAACCUCAACCACGAUCCCAUCUCACCAGAAGAGGGUGUCUUGAUCGAACAAAUGGUCAACGAGAUGGGCAAGCGAUGGGCAGAAAUUGCACGGCGGUUGCGAGGCCGUAGCGACAAUGCUGUCAAGAACUGGUGGAAUGGGGGAAUGAAUCGACGACGCCGCAACCAACAACAUCGUCAAGCCGAGUUCCAAGUGCGACAGCAUCACCACCACCAUCAUCACCUCGCUCACGCUCACCUCCCACAUCAUCCACCACCCAUGCACAGCCUUCCGCCGUCCAUGCAGAGCCUCCCACACCCCAUGCAGCAGCAACAGCCCCUCCCUGGCGCGCCUUUUUCGCAACAGUAUUUCUUUCCACCCGAACAGUACAUGGGCCACCCGCAUCCUCCUCCCCCUCCUCCUCCUGCUCCGCAACAGUAUACCCACUUCCCCGUGGCAACGUUUGGACGUAUGGCGGUAGAUGCUCCUCUGGCAUCGCCUUCGGCCUUUUCACAAAUGUCGGCAGAUGGCGCGCCCUCACUCGUCUCCGAUUGCUCUUCGCUCGACAAUCGCUCUCCUCGUCAUGGCCCUUCUCCCAACCCCAUUGAGCUGCCUCCCCUCACCGGAUCACGGGAGGAGCGUCGUACAUCGAUUGCACCCACGCUUCGCCUAGGAGUACCGGGAGCUUUUGCACCUGAUGGCGAUUUUGCUCUGCAAAGUAUGCCCAUGGACGCCUACAGCAAGCCUGUUCUGCAAGAGCCUUUUAUGCCACAGUCGACUUCUCUGCCUGCUCCUACUGCUUUUCUCCCAUCUCAGCAUCGCCAACCCUCGCCAUACCAGCAGCAAUCACUCCACAUGCAGCAACAGCAACAGCAGCAGCAGCAGCAGCAGCAGCAGCAACAGCAGCAAGGCUAUCUGAUGUCCCACCCACAGCAGCACAUGCAGCGUCGUCAACCCCACCACCCCAUGCAUGCACAACAUCUCCCUUCUACGCCCAUGAGCCAACAUCAGCAUCUGCCCAAUGACAAGUUCCCAUACGGCGGCCACGUCGACUCGGGCAUGGGUACGCCCAUUCUCGCGGGUCCCUCGCCCGAGGAUUCGCCCAAGGCGAAGAUGAGCUUGAGCAAUCUCACCCAUUGAAACCCCACCUACUGAAAUAAAGAAACAGACGACAGACCAACCCCAUCAACAGACAGACUGCUUCUUUUGUACACUUGUUCUUGUUCUUAAUUUUUCAUUAAUAAUGGACAAGCAGAAAAGAAGAAGAAAAAGGAAAAUUACCAAGGAAAAUGGAGUUUUUUUGACGAUACCCAGGAAUGCGGAUGAAGACUUGUGCGUGUAUGUGUGUGUGUG